GUCGAACACAGACCGUGUCUGCUUCUCCAUGUUAAAGUGCUAAGGGGACGAAAUGUUACAAAAGGAUGGGCGGCCGACUUAUUGGACACACCGGAUCCAUACGUGGAACUACGCAUUCGAUCAGCCCCGAAUGGAAAAAGGCGAACAGUUACCAUUGAUAACGAGCCAAAUCCUGUGUGGGACGAGACUUUUGUGUUUCUUCUGGACCAGAGUUUAAAAAAUAUUUUACAAAUCAGCCUGAUGGAAGAUAACUAUGUUAUGGACUCUACGAUUGGCUGCUGUUAUUUUGACGUCAAAGACCUCGUGAUGAAUAAAUGGACGAAUAAAACCUUCAUGUUUAAUGAGGUGUCCGAAGUUGAUCUGAAGUUCAUGAUUGAGCUUGACCCUAAGCCGACGUUACGGUACAGUCUGUGCUUAUGUCAAGAGGAAAAAGACUUUUUGUCCGUCCGGAAAACACAUGCGAUGAAAGCGAUGAGACAACUUCUAGGGUUUGAGGGACCGAGGAACAUUACUGAGGUGCCCACCGUGGCGGUGAUUGGAUCCGGGGGAGGUUUCCGAGCUAUGGUCGGUAUGAGUGGUGUCAUCAAAGCUCUCUCAGACACAGGUGUUCUUGAUUGUUCUACCUAUGUGGCCGGUCUGUCAGGAUCUUCCUGGUUUUUAUCCACACUCUACUCUCAUCCAAAAUGGCCGAACGUGUCGCCAGAGGAAGUCCAGAAUGAGCUGAAACAGAACAUUGACUCUAGUUUGUUAUGGCUGUUAAAGCCCCAGAGUGUAUGUCGGUAUGUGGACCGAAUCAUGGAGAAAAGGCGACAAGGCCAGCCUGUCAGCUUCACCGACUUCUUCGGACACUUGGUGGGAGAAACUCUGUUGAAGGACAGAUUGGACAGCAAGUUGACCGACCAGCAGCAUAAAAUCCAAGAUGGCGACGUGCCAAUGCCGUUGUACACGUGUGUUCACGUCAAAAAGGACGUGUCAGCCAGAUCUUUUCAAGAAUGGGUGGAAUUUACACCUUUCGAAAUCGGUAUGCCCAAAUAUGGAACGUACAUGAAAACGAAUUUGUUCGGAAGUAAAUUCUUCAUGGGGAAAUUAUGUAAGCAGUUUGAGGAACCUCCUCUUCAUUUUCUGCAAGGUAUCUGGGGAAGUGCCUUUUGUAUCCUGUUCAACAGACUACUUGAGGAUAACCGGAAGUUAGAUCCAGUAGAAAUGAUUCGACAGGAAAUGGAGAAACAGUUGGAAAAUGGAACCGACGAUAAUGACGCAAGCAAUGACGACAGCGAUUCCGAGGACACUGACGAGAACGUUAAUAGUGAUGACGAAGAUGACGUAUCAACCAAGCCACCUCCUGCCAAAAGAGGGCGCUACGAGGCCGCCAAGCGACCACCCCUGAAACGUCAGAAAUCCAAAACGACGUCAAAGGGCGAAGGAUUUUGGUCAGGACUGAUCAAGGGUUUGGUGGAAAAUAAACGUUACGAAUUGUUGAGUACGAGAGCCGGACGCGCAGGCGUGGUACAUAACUUUAUGAGAGGUUUGUCUCUACAGGAAACCUAUCCAUUGUCGCCAUUCUCACCUGCCAAACCUUUCCGGGGACAAUCAGACGAGUUCGACGGAAUCUUCGAGAUGUACCCCACCAACAUAAAGAGAUUGUACAUGGUGGACGCUGGACUGACUUUCAACUCUCCCUACCCCCUCGUCCUGCGCCCACAGAGAGGGGUGGAUGUCAUCCUGUCAUUCGACUUCAGCGCCCGUCCCUCAGACAUGACACAACCAUUCAAGGAACUUCAAUUGGCUGAAAAAUGGGCUCGGAUAAAUCGUCUGCCCUUCCCACACAUCGACACGAGUGUGUUUGAGAAAGACGGGAUGAAGGAGUUGUACAUCUUCCGUGAUCCCAACGACCCUCACUGUCCCAUAAUACUUCACUUCGUUCUCGUGAAUCUUGACUUCCGGAAGUACAAGAAGCCAGGUGUACUUCGAAAAACCGCCAAAGAUAAAGCUUUCGCUGACUUCUCACUAUUCGACGACGCCAGCACUCCUUACUCUACGUUUAACUUUAAGUAUUCCCACGAAGCCUUUGACCGUUUAGCCCAGCUCAUGGAGUUCAAUACCCUGAAGCAUCUGAGUGACAUCAAGGAUGCCAUUGCACAUGGUGUUCAGAAGAGAAGGAACUUGCCUCUCAGGGUUCCCAUCCCAUCAACCAAAGUCAAGCUUCUGAGGAUUAAAAGUGUAGAUAAUCGUCGAAAACUUACGAACUACCUGAAAAAGGUUGAGAGUCUUUGCUCACCCACUUCUCCGAUUGAGAAUGGUUUCUUUCCGUCCUUGCCUGAAAUGGCUGAGGAGGACAGCGCUCACGAAGACCUUGAUGAGGCCGAGGCCGCUGUGUUUGUCGGACCGUCUACUUCCGCCAGACGUCCACUGAGGCGUGCGGCAAAACGGAAGUGAAGCGUCCGUCUUCAAAAGUUGGAGUUAUUUUUCUUUCAUAUUUUGUCUUCAUUUACUAAGCGAGAAGGCUUCAGCUUAAAUGAUUAGCAACCAAAUAUUUUACGAUCUGCGCAAAAUUCAGAAGAUCUGACAUGACUAGGUUUUCAUUAAUGUAUAAAUGUAAUGUAUUAAGUAAUGCUGCACGAUUUGCCUUUGAUUUUCAUGUCAUCUCAUCUGGAAAAUAUUUGAUUUUCCUGAUAAUACAAAGAAUGCUCUUCAAAACAUGUAGACUCAUUGUAACAUGGAGCAUUGGAGGUUUCCCCAUAUGGUUCACUGAAUGAUCCGGGCUGGCCAAACUUCACCGUAUGAUUGUUGAUUAAUACACUGUGUUGAGGAAUGACUGGCUCAUUUGACCAUUCAUAGUGAUAAACUCAAGUCUGUUCAUUUGUCAACUUCCAUUCAGUACAGCAAAUAUUAUGAUGCUGUUCAUUUUUAUAACUGAUCAGAAUUAAAUCUGGACGGAAUUUUGUGCAAGGCACUGUGAAACGCUCUCAGUUACUUAUUCUUGAUUUUAUUAUGCCUGUUUUGAUUUAACUUUGUCUCCAACUUGUGAAUAAUAAUUCAUUGAAGCUAUUUACCUGCAGUGGCUAAAACAAAUAUAAUAUGCACGACCACACAGUUAUACAAAGACAUCUAAGCUUGGUUUUUAAAACAUUUGGGACAUGCACGCUUUUGCAGCACAUGCGCUUCGUGUAGGUAAAUAUUCAGUGUGAUGUCAUCUAGCCUAUUUAGUGAUUAAGUAAGUCGAUUAAACAGACUUAAUUGAAGUUUUAUAUGGUUAUAGGGUAGGAUUAAAUGGAAACGUAGAGCAGGCCUAAAUAGUGAGAUCGCAGUAAAGUAAUGAAUUUACUUCAUAAUCUGUGCCAAUAUUGACAUGUCCUUAUGUUGUUCUUGUUGUUUUGUAUGUUUUUGUAAGCCUGAUAUUGUUGUGCCCCCAUCUGUUAUGCCCGUUUUGGGUAUCUACAUAUAUAUUUUAAUUUCAUUCUUUUGAUUGUUUCUUUUUCGCUGUUUUUGUUUUCGCGAGCAUUUUGAUUACUUUGCAUUUUCUAUAUUUUGUGGACCAAAGACUUGCUACAAAGGAUUAUCCAAAUAUAUUUGUUUAUGGUUUCUUCUAGUGGUGUAUUCAAUGACCAUUAAUCUCAGAAAAUUGUGGAAUAUGUGAUAAGUAUGCGCUUAUAAUGACUUCCGCUGGUUUUCGGAUCUUUUCCUUAUUUGCGCUUAUCAGCAAGAUACCUACCGUGUAUGGAGUUACAAUUUUGAGCACAAGGCUCGUUUCAUAGCAUAGCUUUUAUGUAUCCCAUUAUUUAUUUUCAACAAAAUAAAAACUUUACU